AUGUCGUGGAGAGACAUUGGAGGUGUAUUAGAGUAUGAUUGGGGUGGGAUGAUGUUUUGUUUUGGAGAUGUAUUUGCAGCCAGAAAAUCCCCUGUUCUGGUGCUUUUGAAAUGGAACUUUGGUCAUAAAGCGUACAUAGAAAAAACAUUGUUUGGGGAUAAACAGUCGCAUAAUGAUCAACCACAUGGCUUCGGUGAACUUCAGUUUCCUCAAUCUGAAAAUGGGAAAACUACAAAUGAAAUUUGGUUAACAAGUAUGAAGCAUCGAUAUGGCAAAGAAUGA